AUCAGUUGUGAGCUAGCCAUCUUUCGACUUCAUUCGUUGUGCAAUAACGGUUGUUGUUACAAUCUAAUCACCGUCGGGAAUUUUUAAACAUGGCUGAACUAAGUGUCAAGAGAUUAAAGACCAGCCUGCCUAUCUGUAAAAUUCACAGACCAUUUGUCGGGAGCAGGGUGAAACAGAACCUCCCUGCGGUCGUUGAGGAGAGUUUGUGCGGAGGAUCUAAAAUGCUUAUGGAGGUUGCUUACAGACUUGCACUGGCCAAUAUAUUUGAGCAGGAUGAUAUUGCCUUGCCAAGGGUGGCAGCGUUCUUCCAUGAGCACUCUGAGCAGGAACAGGCGCAGGCUGAGGCCAUGCUGGACUACCUGUCAGACAGAGGGGGACAGUACUGUAAUAAAGACAUACAGAGGCCAGGCUGUGAGGAGGUGUGUGCAGUGAUCCCAGCCCUCAAGCUUAUGCUGGGCCAGUGGAAGGAGGAGAUGGCUGUGAUGGUGGAGCUCAGCCAGCUGUCCAAGGAGCACAGCGACCCUCACUCUGCCAGCGUGGUCAAGAGCCGCUUCCUGGGGCAACUGGUGCCCCGCGUCAAACUGCUGGGAGACCUCCUGACCAACGCCCGAAAAGUGGGCUGCACCAUUGACUGCUCGGGGGGCUUUGGGGAGUACCUAAUCUACCAGCUGCAGGAGGAGUUGACCAACGUCACCAGUGGAUGAAUCACUCACUCACUAGCGUGCGUUUACAUUAAAGAAGCCUACUUGGUGAGUUAGACUCACAAAACAAGCCUUUCCUGUCAUGUCUGUGUUUUUUUUUUGUCUGGGCACCUAUAUUGUGUUAUUGCUAGUCAGUAAGACCAAUGUAUUGUAGAAGACACUCCAAAGUCCUCUAUGGAAAUGAUUUCUGAACUGAACAAACAAGGGGGGGUGGCUUAUUUAGCUUCAUUCUAGAAUGUAAACUGAACCAAGCUAUAGCACUUCUUCCAAAUUCCUAAGCUUGAAUAUCUGCCCUAUUUUGUAAAUGUUUGGUUCAACAUAUUGAUGGGGGUGUUGGGUUAUGUUAGAGAGGGUGGAAGGUCUUGAAUCCAGUAUUUUAAGUUCUAGAAACUACCAAAAAUGAAGAAUACCUGUAUUAUGUACUUGAUCUGGGCAUUUAAAAGCCUCAGUGUAUCAUGUAUGUAUUCCGUAAGCAAAGUUGAGCCUUGAUGUCUUAAAGGAUGCUGUUGGAUGCAUUGAGAGGUAACAAUGCGACAAUCAAUGUUGAUACUGUAAUAUCUGGUAUUUUUUCUGGAUGACUCCUGCAUUGACAAUCCUCACAGUAUAAUAUGUUAAGUGGCUUAUAAUGUGAAGUAUUUCUGUAUUUACUAUGUUACAAAGAGUUCACUGAUUCGUUAGAAAUUCUGGGUUGAUGAUUAAGAGAUAGUGUUUGGGAAUGGUCUCAUCCAUACACUUUGUGUCCUCAAAACAUAUUGCCUUUAAAUAUACUGUUGAAAUAUUCAUUAUCCCUCUUCAUCACAUACAGUACAAAGUUACAACAAUGUCUUCCUUUUGAAAUAAAGUUUUGA